AUGCCCUCACUCUUUUCCUGGCUGCGGCGGCUCUACUCGCUCGACACCCUUGACACUCGCUUUACAUCCUCCGCCUCUGCGCCUGCCCAGGCCGCCGCCGACACGCGACCUCCCGCCGCCAAAGAUGCCCGCGCCAACGCUAUCGCCCAGAACGCGCAUGCGCCGCUUUGGCGUACUCCAGAGUUCUUCGUUUACUAUCUCUUCUUCAUCACACUGGUUCCACUGAUGUUCAAGACGGUCGUGGAUGCUUCGAAGGAGAACCACCCGAUCUAUGCCAAGUACUCGCAUCUGUUGUCUCCAGGCUGGGUUCCUGGCCGUUUGAUGGACAACUCGGACGCCCAAUAUGCGAGCUUUCACGACAACAUCCCUUACCUUGUAGCGCUCCUCGUUGCGCACCCGCUACUCCGCCGUGUUUAUAACAUGUUUUCGGCUCGUUUAACGGAAUCCUCAACUUCCUCCGCGGCAGCUGCCGGUGACGCUCAGCGCGAACAGCGCAUGCGAUUUGAUUUUGGAUUUGGGUUGGUGUUUCUUGCCGCCAUUCAUGGGCUAUCUGCUAUCAAGAUCCUUUUCAUCUUCAACAUUAAUUACCGAAUUGCCAAAAGCCUCCCUCGGUCCUACGUCCCCGCUGCCACUUGGGUCUUCAACAUCGGCAUCUUAUUCGCCAACGAGCUAUGCCAUGGAUACCCUCUGGAGCCGAUUGCAAUGGCGCUAUCUCCUGGUAGCGGAACGCCAGGAGAUAAAGGCACGCUGCUGGUGCAGUGGGCUCGGACACUGGAUGGAUUUGGAGGGUUAAUGCCGCGAUGGGAGGUUCUCUUCAAAGUUACCCUCCUGCGCCUGAUCAGUUUCAACAUGGACUACCACUGGAGUCUCGACUACCCAUCGGCAAGUCCAAUUGAAAAGAAACAACUCGACCCUGCGGCCCUAUCUGAUAGAGAUCGCGUCAAGAUCCCCGCAGAACCGGCUGCUUUCAACAUGCGUAACUAUAUCGCCUAUCUACUCUAUUCCCCCUUAUACCUUGCUGGGCCUAUUGUCACAUUCAACGACUACGUCUCGCAGCAACGACACACUCCACUAUCGCUCACUAGCACCCGCACCAUCCUCUACGGCAUCCGGUUCUUCCUCACCCUGCUCUGCAUGGAACUUAUCCUCCACUACAUCUACGCAGUAGCAAUCUCCAAGUCCUCCCCGGACUGGUCGAUCUUCAGCCCGGGCCAACUCAGCAUGCUCGCCUUCUUCAACCUCCACAUCAUCUGGCUCAAGCUCCUCAUUCCCUGGCGAUUUUUCCGUCUGUGGGCUCUUGUCGACGGCAUCGAUCCCCCGGAAAACAUGGUCCGCUGCAUGUCCAACAACUACUCCGCUUUUGCAUUUUGGCGCGGCUGGCACCGUUCCUUCAACCGCUGGAUCGUGCGAUACAUCUACAUCCCACUGGGUGGUGGCGGUGGAGGCCAGCGUCCUGCCAACAGCAAACCCACCACCUCUCCCCCGUCGGCCGGAUUCGGCGCCAAGUUACAGAAAAUCCGUAACUUCCUGCUCGUCUUCACCUUCGUUGCGCUUUGGCACGAUAUCAAUCUCCGCCUGCUUAUGUGGGGUUGGCUGGUUACGCUGUUCGUCUUGCCGGAAGUGCUGGCUACCAUGGCGUUCCCCGCUAAACGCUGGAACUCCCGGCCAACGGCGUAUCGGGUGCUCUGUGGUAUCGGAAGUGUAGGCAAUAUCCUCAUGAUGAUGGCUGCGAAUUUGGUUGGCUUUGCGCUCGGUCUGGACGGGCUGAACGACUUGCUUGUUAGUCUGACGAGCUCGUACAUGGGACUCACGUACAUGGUCUCGUGCUGUGUGGUGCUCUUUGUCGGAGUGCAGGUGAUGUUCGAGAUCCGGGAGGGAGAGUUGCGCGCGGGCAUCAAUUUGAAGUGCUGA